AUGCAAUUUUGUGAUAUAAAAUUGCUAGUAUUCCUUUUAGUAACAAAUCAGGUGUCUUCUGAUAGUGACACCGAAAAGGAGAAACACAAAGAACGAGCAUUUUCUCUGGCAAGACAAUGGGCACCGAAGGUGUGGUUACACCCAGAAGAAAGAUUCUUUCCAGGAGACGUCAAGGAAUUUUUAAAAGAAGUGACUCCAAUAAAGAAGGACUGUUUAGAAUGUGAUCCUACGUCAGAGAUUCCUGUGGGAGCAGAGUCAGAAGGAUAUUAUCUGACCACCAACAGAGAAAUAGGUGAUCUUCUAGCAAACUCAUCAUCCAUUCUGUAUGGGAAAAAUCCUGAUGAGUCUUAUCCCCCAUUAUACUCUUUCAUUACUCCAUGUGAUUCGACUUACAAGAGCUUAAUCAUCACGUACUGGUUUUUCUACCCGUACAACGAAGGGAAAGUUGUCUGCACUGUUCCAUUGGGGAAAGCUCGAGCACUGCCUGUCCCCAAGGUGUUCAAGAAAUGUUUGGGGAAGAGGACUGCGUUUGGAAGUCAUGUUGGUGACUGGGAACAUAUGAGCCUUCAAAUAAAGGAUUCAGUUCCUGACUCGUUGUACCUAUCAGUUCACACUGUUGGUGCUUACUAUACAUAUGACAAAGUCUCUGGGUGCUUUGUGCUUUCAUCUAUCAAGAGGAGAGGUAUCAGCCAAGUCCAGGAUCCACCCUCAACUGUCCAAAUUGAUGACGGCCAUCCAAUCGUCUUUGUGGCGAAUGGAUCUCAUGCCCUCUGGGGUUCUGUCGGAACCUACCAGUACAGUAAGCUGAACCUAAACUUACUGAAAGACGUGGUGGACUACGGUACAGCUUGGAACACCUGGGAGAGGCUUGAGGUGUACUCUACAGAAGAACAGAUUCCCGACUGGUACAACUAUAGGGGCAGGUGGGGAAAUCCCAGGUCCGGAUGUCUUGCUCUAUCACGUCUUGGAUUAAGGAAUGUCUGUGUGCACACCGAUGGACCGGAUGGACUAUCCACCAGACGAAUGGCUAUCAGUUGCACUUGA